GUUGCUUAUUUAUACUCGCUUUGCGCACGCGAGGGAGGAGGGUUAUGGCGAUUGGAUGGCGCUCCGCCGUCGCGCUCGCGCUGCUACUGGCGCUGGAGGGUUUGGGGCAAUUUCCAGCGGCUUUGGCAGAGAUUGAGAGUGUAAAUGAUCGUCUAGAGACGAGAUUGACUAAGCAUGCGAAAAAUCACUGCGCAAUGUAUGAUGUUUGUGGACAACGAGAGGAUGGAAAGGCGUUGAACUGUCCGAUUUCGGUGCCUGCGGUCACGCCGAGUUCUUCGUUCUCUCACAAAGUCCAGAGCCUUUGCCCGACUAUUACUGGAGAUGUCUGUUGUACUGAGCAGCAGUUUGAUAUUCUCCGGAGCCAAGUUCAGCAGGCUGUUCCUUUUUUGACUGGAUGCCCUGCGUGCUUGAGGAACUUUCUUAAUCUUUUUUGUGAGCUCUCUUGCUCUCCCGACCAGAGCCUGUUUAUUAACGUGACUUCUACGGUCCAGGUUCGUUUCGUUUCUAUUUGUCUUUUGCCAACGAACAGUUUGCAGCAAAACUCUACGACGUCUACUGUAGACGGCAUUGAGUUUUUCCUUUCCGAGGAGUUUGGAGUAAAUCUCUUUAACUCCUGCAAAGAUGUUCAAUUUGGAGCUCUUAAUACUCGAGCAAUGGACUUUGUGGGUGGCGGAGCGAAAACAUACAAAGAGUGGCUUGCAUUUAUUGGCCGGCAGGCUGAUUUAUAUGAACCUGGAUCACCUUAUUACAUCAAGUUCCACACGUCAGCUAACGAGUCCUCGCCAAUGUCACUCCUCAACACGAAAAUGUUUCCAUGCUGGGAUGCGUCACUCUCUUGUUCGUGUGGCGACUGCCCGGGGGCCAAGGAAUGUACAGAAUCCUCUUUACCACCAUCUCCUCAGAAGAACGCUUGUAGUGUCGAAAUUGGCGGGACAAAGAUUCUAUGUAUAGACCUGGGGCUUGGAAUCUUAUACCUUCUGUUAUUAGUGGGAAUUGUGGCUUGGCUAUGGGUUACUACUCGUCGUUACGAAGAACCUUCUGACGGAGAGAUUAGAGAGGAACUUUUGCAAUCAGAAGAGACGAAUGGGGUGGAAAUUACCCCGGUUGAGGGACUGGAAAAGGACGAAACAUCCACACCUGAAUCUCAUGAACCUGUUCUGGAAAAGUUUUUGUCGAGAUGGUUCAGGUCGCAGGGAACGUGGAUCGCUAGACACCCUGGUGUGGUUCUGCUUCUGUCGAUACUCGUGACCAUAAUUCUGUGCAUUGGGCUUGUCAAAAUGAAUGUUGAAACGAACCCUGAAAACCUCUGGGUUAGUCCCGGGAGCGCAGCAGCGACAGAGAAAAAGUUUUUUGAUACGGAGCUUACUCCUUUCUAUAGAAUUGAACAGCUGAUCUUGGCAACCCUUCCGGAUGAAAACGGAGUGUCUCCUCCUAUUUUGACAGAUGACAACCUUAAGCUUAUGUUUGAAAUCCAAAAUAAGGUUGACGAUUUGAGAGGAAACCUUUCUGGAAGAAUGGUUUCUCUCCAAGAUAUUUGCAUGAAACCUUUCGGAACAGUUUGUGCUACGCAAAGUGUUCUGCAGUAUUAUAAGAUGGACCGCCAAAAAUUUGACGACGAUGAGGGAGCGAGCCAUGCGGCAUUUUGCUUUGAUCAUUACUCGUCCUCGGAAAAUUGUCUCAGUGCAUACCAGUCGCCUGUGGAUCCUAGUACAGCCGUUGGUGGUUUCGAAGGCACAAAUUAUACUCAGGCUACUGCGUUUGUUGUAACAUAUCCCGUCAACAAUGCUGUGAGCAGCACCGAAGGUGCAAAUGAUGCUGCUAUUGCCUGGGAGAAGGCUUUUGUGCGUUUGGCAAAGAAAGAGCUUCAGCAAUUGGCAAGUUCACACAACUUGACUCUCGCAUUUUCGUCUGAGAGCUCUGUACAGUCCGAGCUAGAGAGAGAAAGUUAUGCGGAUGUUGUAACGAUUCUUGUGAGCUAUCUGGUUAUGUUCUUGUAUAUAUCCUUCACUUUGGGAGAUUCAUUACCAGAAGUUGCUCCGUUUUAUGUCACGUCCAAGGUGUUUCUUGGUUUAGGAGGGGUUAUCAUUGUUGCAUUCUCAGUUCUAGGAUCUGUUGGUUUUUUCAGUGCUGUUGGUGUUAAAUCCACGCUUAUCAUUGCUGAAGUCAUUCCAUUUCUUGUCCUUGCGGUGGGAGUCGACAACAUGUGUAUUCUAGUGCAUGCGCUUAAACGCCAGGAACCUGAACUUCCUCUCGACCUUCGAGUUGGAUAUGCUCUUGCCGAAGUAGGUCCAUCUAUCACACUCGCAAGCCUUGCAGAGUUCUUAGCUUUCGCUAUUGGAUCGUUCACGCCCAUGCCUGCCUGCCGUGUGUUUUCUAUGUUCGCGGCUUUUGCGAUACUCUUAGAUUUUCUACUUCAGAUUACGGCUUUUGUUUCUCUUCUUACUUACGACUUUACGAGAACUGAAGCGAACCGCGUAGAUUGUUUGCCUUGUAUCAAAGCCCGAGAGCGUGACUACAAUGCAGGAUACCCGAACCGUGAAGGACUCAGAGGGGAAGGAGGAGCUGGUCUAGUUUCUGUUUAUAUGCAGAAAGUGCACGCACCGUUCCUUCUCAAGCCUGCUGUGAAGGCCGUUGUCCUGGCAGCUUUUUCUGCUCUACUUCUAGUGAGCAUCGCACUUGCUGUAAGGCUUCCGGCUGGUCUGAACCAACAAAUUGUCCUUCCUCGGGAUUCUUACUUACAGGGUUAUUUCAACAACGUGACAAGUCAUUUAAGAAUAGGACCUCCUCUGUAUUUUGUGGUUCAAGACUAUAACUACAGCGCACAAAGUAAUCAGACCAACAAAUUGUGCUCUAUCAGUCACUGCCAUCCAGACUCACUGCUUAACGAGGUCUCGAGGGCCGCCCUUACGCCUCAGACAAGCUUCAUAGCUAGACCGGCGGCUUCAUGGCUAGAUGAUUUUCUCGUUUGGCUGUCUCCGGAUGCAUUUGGAUGCUGUCGUACUUUCCCUGACGGCAGUUACUGCCCUCCUGAUGACCAGCCCCCUUGUUGUCCUGAAUGGGAGGACUACUGCGGUUUGAGUGAGACUUGCAAGGACUGCACUACGUGCUUCCUCCAGUCUGAUUUGAUCGACGGGCGUCCUACCACUGAGCAGUUUAGAAAGAAACUACCAUGGUUCUUGGAUGCGUUGCCGUCUGCCGAUUGUUCGAAAGGAGGUCGAGGCGCAUACUCCAACAGCCUCAACUUGAGUGGUUACAAGAAUGGAACUAUUAGAGCAUUUGAGUUCCGCACCUAUCAUACAGCUCUCAACAAACAAACUGACUAUAUUGAUGCGUUGAGAGCUGUGAAGGACUUCACCGCUCGCGUGUCAAAGUCACUAAACAUAUCAGUUUUCCCAUAUUCAGUUUUCUAUAUUUUCUUCGAGCAGUACUUAGACAUAUGGAAGAACACACUGAUCAGCCUCGUGCUCGCAGUUGCUGCCGUAUUCCUCGUCUGUCUAGUUGUGACCACCAGCCUAGCUACGGCAGGAAUCAUCCUUCUCGUCAUUUUAAUGAUAGUCAUCAACUUACUCGGGCUCAUGUCAAUCUGGACCAUUCAGCUGAACGCUGUCUCGGUCGUCAAUCUCAUCAUGUCCGUGGGGAUUGCCGUGGAGUUCUGCGUUCACAUCACGCACGCAUUCUCGGUUAGCACAGGCGAUCGAUCAAUGCGAGCAACAAAAGCUCUGACAACAAUGGGAGCCUCCGUGUUCAGUGGGAUCACCUUAACCAAACUCGUCGGAGUCGUGGUUCUCGUCUUUGCUCGCUCGGAGAUCUUUGUGAUCUACUACUUUCGAAUGUAUUUCGGAUUGGUGGUUUUGGGAUUUCUCCACGGCCUCGUCUUUCUUCCAGUUCUCUUAAGCAUUUGCGGUCCACAAUCAGUAAGCGCUAUGGAUUGAUCAAAGCAAAGAAAACGAGCUUUUGUACAUUUGAUAGAAUUCACUAAGUUAGAAUAAACGAGUGAAAAAGUCCGUUAGCGA